UGGGGGGCGAGUUCUCGCUUGAGCCAGAGUGGCUACGUACCCCUCCCGUCUCCCUCCUCGUCCUCGUCCUCCUCCUCGUCCUCGUCCUCCUCCUCGUCCUCGUCGUCGUCGUCCUCCUCCUCCGUAGCCGUUUUGGCUCAAGACGACGGCCUUCUUUUUUGCAGGCGCCGCCGGGGCGCUGCCCGCCAUGGAGUCUGGCUGCGCCGAGGGCCUCGGCGACUUCCCCUCGGCGCGCGCGGACGUGCUUGAGCUCGACGAGCUCCUCUCCGACGAAGAGCGGGCCGUCCGCUCGCGCGUGCGCGCCUACGCGGAGCGCCGGGUGUGGCCCUCCUGUGCGGCGCUGUGGGACGCGCAGGAGCACCCGUCCGAGCUGGUGGCGGGGCUCGCGGGGCUCGGCAUCGGCGGCGGCGUGCUGCCCCGCACGUGUGGCGCGGCGGGGCUCACGGCCACCGCGGCGGGGCUCGCGCUGGCGGAGCUGGCCCGCGUGGACUGCAGCCUCAGCGCCAUCCAGAUGAUACACGGCUACCUGGUGCCCUCCACCAUCUUCAACUUGGGCUCCGAGGAGCAGAAGAGGCGCUACCUGGCGCCGCUGUGCAGGUACGAGUGGCUGGGCGCAUGGGCGCUCACCGAGCCCGAGGCGGGCAGCGAUGCGGGGGCACUGCAGACGACCGCCACGGAGGUGGACGGCGGCUGGGUGCUGCGGGGCAGGAAGCGGUGGAUCGGCAACGCCCCCGUGGCCAAGGUUGUCGUAGUCUGGGCGCGGAACGCCGCAACCGGCGCGGUCAAUGGCUUCCUGGUCGAGGCGGAGGAUCCGGGCCUGCGGGUGUCGAAGAUGAGCGGGAAGAUCGGCCUACGUUGCAUACAGAACGGCGACAUCGAGCUGGCCGACGUCUUCGUGCCGGAGCUGCGACGCCUCCCAGGCGCCACGGGCUUCGCCAGCACGACCGCGACGCUGGCCGCCAGUCGCGUGAUGGUCUUAUGGCAGCCGCUCGGGGCCGCCUGGGGGCUCUACGACGUAUGCCUGAAGUACUUGUCAGAGCGCAAGCAGUUCGGUCAGCCCCUGGUGGCCUCGCAGCUGGUCCAGGCAAAGCUGAUGUCGAUACUGGGCCACUGCCAGGCCAUGGCGCUGUUCGCGUGGCGAGUCACCCGCCGCCACGAGCGCGGCAUGGUGGGCGCGCCAGAGGCGGGCCUGGCCAAGGCGUGGUGCACGCAGCGGGGGCGCGAGUGCGCAGCGCUUGCGCGCGAGCUGAUGGGGGGCAACGGCAUGCUCUCUCACUUCCACGUGGCGAAAACGUUCGCCGACAUGGAGGCCUUCUACACCUACGAAGGCACCUUUGACAUCAACCUCCUGCUGGCCGGGAGCGCGGCCACCGGCGUCGCCGCCAUCCGACCCGCUGGCUCCACCAAGAGCCGGUUGUGACACGCACGCGCGCGCGCGCGGCGCACUUCUGGGGGCCUCGCGAUCCUGGCGCCGUCGCAGCCGCGCCUCACACUUGUGACAGCACACACAGUUCAAAAAGAAGCGUCCACACGCACAUUCCGCAGGCUUAGCCUGCCGCUGCCAGGCACGUAUUGAAUGUGUUCCCCAUGCACGAUGAAUGCUUCGC